AUGACCGCUCCAGUGAAGCUAGCUGGAUCUCCAGCCGAAAAAGAAGCCGUGGCCGACGCCAUCUACCGUUUCGGCCUGUCCCUCGACACACGUGACGCAGAGCUUUUUGAUUCUUGCUUCACCGAUGAUGGUGGUAUUGAACUUCUUGGAGAAAGAGCAACCGGGAAGCAACAGCUUCGUGAUCUCUGCUACGGUAGGGUUGCAGAUCUUGACACCACCCAUCUUAUUUCAAACUUCCGUAUCAACAUUGAGGGCUCGAAAGCCACCCUCACCGCUAUUGCGUAUGCUCAGCAUUUUGGAAAGGGGAAAGGUAUGGUUGAGGGGAGUAAGUUCUUGCUUACCGGUAGUGUUUACAGAGCUGAACUAGCCAAAGACACCGCGGAUGAUAUUUGGAGAAUCAAGGACCUCGUGAUCGAUCUCCAUUGGUCAGACGGCGAUUUUGCCGUGAUGCAGGAUAAAUAA